AUGUCGCCGGCAGAGCGGAGCGCAGGGGCCAGCAUCCGGCCCUCGCAGGCGGGAUCGCUUGUCCUUCCCGCCGAGCGUCGCUCUCUCGGGACCUUCAAGCGCGAAGAGGACCUGGAGGCUUUCCUGGCAUCUCGCGCUGGCCGCCUGCGCUUCCACGGCCCGGGCGUGCUAAGCGUGGUCCCCGAGGCCUGCGCUGACCCGUCGGGCUGCGUCUGCGGUAACGCCCAGGCCCUGCCGUGGAUCUGCGCAGCCCUGCUCCGGCCACUGGGUGGCCAAUGCCCCCCAGCCUCCUGCCGCGAUGCCCUGCGGCCGGAGGGCCAGUGCUGCGACCUUUGUGGGGCCAUCGUGUCGCUGACCCACGACACCACCUUUGACCUGGAGCGGUACCGGGCGCGGCUGCAGCACGAUUUCCUGGCCCUGCCCCAGUACCAGGGGCUGCAGGUGGCUGUGUCCAAGGUGCCGCGCCCACUGGGGCCCCGCGAGGCCACCAGCCCAGAGACCGACACAGAGAUCCAGGUGGUGCUGGCGGAGACUGGGCCUGGCGCAGGUGGCGCAGGGCGCCUGGCCCGGGCACUGCUGGCUGACGUCUCGGCCCAGGGCCAGGCCCUAGGGCUGCUGUCGGCGACAGUCCGGGAGUCAGGGGCGCCCCUCGGGGACGGCGCCGCGGCAGGACUGGACGGGCAGGGGCUGAGCCCCGGGCUCGUGGGCGGCUUGGUGGCCACGCUGCUGCUGGCGCUGCUGGCCGGGGCGCUGCUGCUGCGCUGCACGGGGGUGCUCAGGCGGAGAAGGCGCGAUGAGGACCCCCGCGCCCCUCCCCUGGGCUUCCAUAACCCGAUAUUCGACAUGACCACGUCUGUACAAGCGCCCCCAGAGGUGGCCCCACAGGUGGAUGCCAGCAGCACCAGCCAGAGCUACUUUGUUAACCCACUAUUUGAGGGUGCCGAGGCCGAGGCCUGA